AGCGCUGGCUGCUAUCUUCUUCUUCCUGCAAGGAGCCGAAUGAGAUCAAGGUUAGCAAAUGGGCACAGUGUAUAUAAAGCUCGAGCAGAGUCCUGGAGUCACACUGCUUGAUCCUCUCGGUCGUUGCUGACAAGAUGAAAUAUUUGUGGUUGCUGAUUGCCGUCGUGGCCCUCGUGGCUGCGGACGAUAGCGGCUCCCCUUCUAAGUCUGACGACGACCACGACGACCACGACGACGCAGCUGGGGGCGUCGAGGGUCGUACCGGAGCAAGAAGACAGCAGGGAUCAAACAGAUUCUUCGAUGAUGGCUUUGGGGGUGGCAUUGGCGGAGGAUUUGGAGGAGGAUUUGGAGGAGGAUUUGGCGUACAGGGAGGAUUUGGAGGAUUAGGAGGACUAGGAGGAAUCGGUGCUGGUUUGGGUGCUCUUGGUGGGCUUGGUGGCAUUGGAGGUAUUGGAGGAAUCGGUGGUAUCGGCGCCGUCAGGCCCCCAAGCAUCCCAAGUGACUGCCGCUACUGGUGCAGGACUCCCCAGGGUCAGGCCUACUGCUGCGAGAGUGCCCACGAACCCCAGAGCUUUGCUGGAGUAGUCAAACCAGGAUUCUGCCCUCCCGUCCGUCCCCUCUGUCCACCCGUCAGGAACUUCCUCCCACCAGCACCCUGCUCCAACGAUGGCGCCUGCGGUGGUGUUGACAAGUGCUGCUUCGACACCUGUCUGCAGCAGCACGUGUGCAAGCCUCCUCUCGGGUUUGGACGUCGCUAAAAAGUCCUCUAAACCACGAGUUUCUCUGCAUAAAUAUCCAUAAUUCCCUUGUAAAAAUUACCCCUUGUAAAAAAUGUACAGAGUAUAUAUAAGACUUCUAAUUCUAAAUUAGAAAUAAAACUGAUAAAGAAACAA